AUGUCAAAGCCAGAAAAAGAUGCUAAUGAUGUGCAUGAGUUGCUUCCUGUUAAGGAAAUACCAGCUCCCCCUUAUUCGGAGGGUGGGGAGCUAGGACGUGAUUUCUCUUCUAAUAUUAUUUUGCACUCCUUAAGAGCAAAUAAAACAUGUUUUAACAUGGUGAAGAUAACGACGGUAGUAGCGUGCUUACUUUAUGGUUUGGCUCUAUAUGAGUUAGAUAUAGGUUUUGCAUUAUUCUCCAUAUUUAUGACUACAGCAGUGGCCUUUUUAUUUUGCUUAUUUCCAGUAUUACAUGCGUAUGAUCGUAAUACCGAACCUUCUGGUUCAGUAUUCAAAGAUAUCGGUAACGCUCUAUUUUUCCUAAAGACCAUUCAUGACUUCAAGCCUUCUUAUAUUGACAUGAAGCAAUGGGACAUUGUUGCAAGGGUAGUAAACAAACAUCUUUAUGAAGCAGGCAGCUGGCCAAAUAAUCGAUUCUUUUAUGAUGGGAAAAGAUGCCAGGCCAUGUUCAUAGCCUUAGUAAAGAAACCAACCGAUCCUUUACUCGACGACUACAUUUCGAAGGCAAAUGAAACUUUGAAGAUCUCGAUGGACGAAUUGUGGAAUUCCACUGCGGCAAGCUCAGCGUAA